CGGUCGGAACGGGUGCUCGUACUGUCGCGUGAUUCAAAGCAACCCGUAUAUAGAUUAUUUUGCAUUGGUGCGAACAGUUCGAUUCGGGCAGCUGUUUUUCCAUCCGCAGUUUACGGCGCGCUUUUCCGGAUGCUGUCCCUGUAGGGUUCCACCAAACGUUAACUAAGCUUGUUUGUUUGCUGCCCAGUAGUUACAACGAAUGUAAAUUCAUCCUCCCACGGAAUGCGAUGGCAACCACAUUGCUUGUUUCCCGGCGAUUAACUGUGACACAUAUUGUUGAAAGCGUCAUAUUCUGAGUUCCGACCAAGCUCUUCAGAGGAAACAUCGAUCUAAACCUACAGGCAAACAGUGUGUCAGUGCAGUGCUUCGCUUGUUUGUGCAUAUCAUUUAGAAGAUGCGAGAUGCGAGUAAUUUCAACUAACCAUGAAGUAUAUAUCCACAAUGCUCAUUGUUAGUCACGCAACUACUGUAUUUACCAGGUAUCCCCUACUUUGUUUUACUAAUUACGUAAAUUCUCGGUGAUUCAACGAAUGUUACACAUAGCUGUUAAGCGCAGCAACAAGUGUCGCCUAUCGCAAUCGAAUCCAUUUCCGCCAAUAGCUCUCGGCUCGGCGUGACGACGCACCACCCACUGAUGUGAACCACCCUCCAUUCACAAAUCAAAUGGAGAAUCCCUCCGUGAUGCCAGCGUCUGGCCACGUAGCCAGCGUAAAUGCAUUGAACAUGUUCGACAAGAUGCACACGUCUCCGUUUACAGUGACUGCAGAAUUGUCCCUUCCUGUGCCGGCACAACCACCAUCAGUUUCGUCUAUGUUUUAUCCGCCCUUUGACGUACUCAAUGUGACUUCGUCCUUCGUUUCCAUUGCGUCACCAAGCCAGACACCCACAUUGGUUACCACUAGCACCGUCGGGCCCUCUGUUAGUACCGAAGAUUUCGUUGUGCUUCCAGGGCCAGAGGACGUCCUGUUGUUCAACAGUUCCAAUGGUCUGUACCAGCAGUCGGUGACGCUAACCGCCCGGAUGUAUCCGAUUGAGGCCACCGCGGCAAAGUCAAUCUGGGGCCUACCGACGCUGAUCUGGGGUAUCCUGAUCGGGACCAUUGUCAUACUGAUCGUUAUCCUCGCGACACUUUUCUUCUGUUGCUGGCUACAACCACGAUCUCGAAAAUUGCUCAGCUCCAGCUAUUACACGGGAAGCAACGUAUCUCACAACUCGGUCGUGCCCAAGUCGCACACCAGUGAUUCGAACCAGCUAGUGAUGCCAUUGUCCAUCGGGAUAUGCCCACCACAGUAUAGCGCACCACCUCCCCCGACAAGCAACAACAGCGGUAGCAACAGCAGCAAUCUUCACCAGCAAAACUGCGCGGCAGUAACAUCAACCGGGAUACCAUGUCAUCCUGCUGGAGGCAGUGUCGGUAACAGCGCCGGACACCACGGCAAAUACGGCAGUUCACCGCAGCAGUAUUCGCAUGCAUAUCAUCCUCAACAGCAACCACAGUUUCAACAUCACCAUCAAUGCAUUCAUCAUCAACAACAACAGCAGCAGCAGCAACAACAACAGUAUCAUUCUCAUUAUGCUCAACUGCAACAUCAGCAGCAUCAACAAAGUGGUCAGUACCCUCAUCAACAGCAGACUUUACAGCAGUAUUACAAUCAACAGCAGCAACAACAUCAGCAGCAACAACAACAACAGCAUCAGCAAAUAACGCAAUACAUUCAUCCAUCACAACAGCAAGCCCUUCAACAACAGCAACAGAGAGAGCAUCAAACCCAACAACACCACUAUCAUCAUCAGCCGCACCAUCACCAACAGCAACAACAACACCAGCAGGGACAAUUGGUGCAUCACAAAUCCAUGUGGGCCAUUAAUCCACUGUAUGCCUCCAGUGGGGGAAUAAAUGAUGCUAGCGGUGAUGGAACCGACGAGGACUGUGGCAGCACAUCCUACAGAACACGAUCCCUACCGUCGUGGGGCAAAAACAAGCAGAGGCCGUUAUCCAACGCGGAUGACCUGGACGAACUGUAUGCUAAGGUGAAUUUCAGCAAAAAGCGCCGCAAUCGAAUGCGCAACGAUGAAGCGGCUAUCAUUGCCUUGUGCCGAUCGCGAUCGCAAAACCUUUCGGCACUUCCUCUGUCCGAUCAGGAUGCGGUCGUAGUGUACGAUGAACGGACGGCUCUAUAAACGUGAUUACGAUGCCCGGAAGGACAGUGACGACGAAUCUUAAAAUUAGAACGGAGAUCAUCUGUCUGUUUCAUAAAGAAUCGCGUUCCAAUCAAGCAGGGGUCCCGUUAGGACUCCAAACGUGAUGAAAUAAACAAAUACGAUUUCUAGGUAAUCAAUCGAUUCUAGUCAUAUGGCUUUUGAAAAAAAAACUUAACUGACGGAAUAUGAAAUUCACAUUUUGAAUAUGCGAGAAGAUUUUUCCUUUCUUAUGAAUAUGCAUCAUCUACAGCUUUUUAGCAAGAGAAGAAACGGUUAAUCGAUUUAAAAAAUUAAGGGACUGUUAAACCCUUUAGCGUUAACGUCAUGAAUAUUCAUCGCAACAGUUUGUGUUCCUUUUUAUACGUAUAAAAAAUAAGUGGAUACGGCUAUAGAGGGUGGAAUUCAUAGAUUACCGAAGACAACUGCUUUUUAUGAAACUCAUCACCGAUCAACCACACAUUCACUCUUAUUCAGAAUAAUAAGGGCUUUUCAGGUUUUAUUCUAUUACAUAUUGUUAGCAGCGGUUUCUAAAACUUACUGUUUUCAAAUUUUGUCAGGAGAUUCUCUGUAUAUCAAAGAAUGCUGCAGCUACGCUUCAGAAUACAUAUUUCAGUUUUAUAUUCACGUAACAUUGGUAGACUAGAACAAAACCUGCUGAAACCGUCAUUUUUCCUAGUUAGCCAUACGUCCGCUCUUUUUUCCACUAUCUGUAGCCACGACUAAUCAUGAAGGCACAUUUUGAUAGUUUGUGUUGCUAUCGAUAUAAUAAAUAAGGGUAAGCGUUAAGUGGACAUAUUUAUCAUCAGACAAAUUGUCAAUAAAUAUGUAAAUCAUUUAGGAAAAUUAAUCAUUGUUGGCGUUUGUUCCCCGAGACAGAAUUCGAGCUCUUCUCAUUGAAUUCAAGAUAUUGAACUUUUAAACAGAAACUUCCUAUAUUUGUAACCAAAGAAAUAACCUUUUCGUAAGAAUACCUAAACGAUAUCAUAUAAAACAGAAAACAGAGAGAGUGUAAAUGUUGUUAUUUAUACAAGAAAUUGUCAUAUUUCGACUAUUGAACCUAAUAACGUUUACAAAGACUGAUAGAAUUCCCAUUGAGAAAAAAAAAAGAUUUUUGUAAAAUAUUACUAACUACAUUCAUCAAGUUAGUGCCAGAUAUUCUUUAAAUUCUGCAUGUGAAUUAAUUGUGAUUGAAGUCAUGACAACUGCAAUGAUAUUUCUAACCUUUAUUUUUAUUGAAAAACGGUUUUAUGUUUAGCUCGCUGCGCUACAUGCCUUUUUGUAUCAUCCGGAGCUAUAUCGAACACUUCUAGCUUUUUCCACUUUCUUAACACUACAAAUACCGAGAUAAUAUUUGGAUACCUGGAUACCUGGUUGGCUACAGCGUCGAUACACCUAUGCCUGGCGUAUUGUAGAGCUCCAUAAUCGUAGGUCUUGAGCGAUGUUCCUCCAGUUUCUCCGAACGCUCAGGCCCGAUUCCACCGCGUACAGCCAGCGUGCAGUUCCACGAAGUCGCCGGCCCCUAUCUGAUUAUCUGUUGAAUAUUGUUUCCGCUAUUCGCUAAAGGGCCACUGGUAUAAUUAGAGUUUUGUAUAGAGCAAAUUUCGAUUCCGUCUGCAUGUUGCGGGACCUAAUCUGGUUACGUAAUACGUAAAAGGCCCUAUUUGCAGCAGCAAUUUUUCACUUCACGGGAAACGUCAUUGUCACAUGUCACAAGCGUGACAUGGCAAAGUUAAUGGUUAAGCCUAUCAUCGCCGUCUCCCUCUUCAGUGGGACAGAAGCCUCCACUACUGCUCUGCGAUCGUUUCCAAUAAGGUCGAUGUCUUCCGCAAAGCCCGGGAGCAUAUGCGACCGUGUGAUGAUAGUGCCGUUCCUCUGCACGCCAGAUAUUCUAAUAGCGUUCUCGAGUUCAAUGUUGAACAAUAAAUUCGAAAGUGCAUCAACCUGCUUCAACUAGUCUAAAGUCGCAAACGAGGUUGACACUUCGUCUGCAAUCCGGAUACUUAAUUUCGAGCAUUCCAGCGUUGCACGUAUCAGUCUUAUCAGUUUUGCCGGAAAACCAUGUUCGGACAGUAUCUGCCACAGCUCAUUUCUUUUCACCGAAUCGUACGCUGCUUUGAUAUCAAUUAACAGAUGGUGAGUCUGCAAGUUGUACUCCCGGAAUUUAUUAGGGAUCAUCGGUUGGCUAAACAUCUGAUCCAUUGUUGAUUGGCCCUCACGAAAACUUGCCUGGUAUUCGCCGACGAAGGACUCCUCAAGCGAUCUCAGUAUGUUAAACAGGAUUUUGUACUCUGAGUUCAGAAGGGUGAUCCCUCUGUAAUUGGCACACUCUAGUCUGGACCCUUUCUUAUAGAUUGGGCAUAUGAGGCCAUCCAACCAGACGGCAGGCAGUUCUUCAUCCUCCCAUAUUUGCUGGAUAAUGUGGUGGAUUGAUUGAUGCAGCUGAUCACUCAGAUUGGAGGAAACUUAAAAUUUAAAUCGCUAUAUCGGAAGGUAGUUGACCUGAUAGAUCAAUUGAUCUGAACUCCGGAAGACUUGGGAGAACUUGAAAUACUUGCUACAAGCAUGAAUGAAUUGCAAGUUAUACCUAUAGGUUAUUUGGACAUGUGUGGACUUGAUAGGUUGACGUCAUUUUGUACAGAGCGCAGUUGAUCUGGUAGACCAAUUGAUCUGAACUCCGAAACGGACAUCGGUAUGAUCUCGAACGUAGUUGACCUGGUAGACUAAUGGAUAUGAACUCCGAAACAGUUUGAAGAACUUAGAACACCUGGUUUAGGCAUGACUGAAUUGCAAGUUAUACCCAUAGGCUCUAUGGACAUGUCUGGGCUUGAUGGGUUGACGUCGGUGUGAUACAGAACGUAGUUGACCUGGUAGACCAAUUGAUCUGAACUGCGGAACAGUUUGAAAGACUUAGAACACCUGGUACAGGUAUAGGCUCUAAAAACAUUUGUGGGCUCGAUGGGUUUACGUCGUGGUGAUACAGAACGUAGUUGACCUGGUAAACCAAUUAUCUGAACUCCGGAAGAGUUUGGAGAACUUAAAAACCUGGUACAGGCUUGAUUGAAUUGUGAGCUAUACCCAAAAGCUCUAUGGACAUGUGUGGACUUGAUACAUCGACGUCGUUUUUGUACAGAUCGUAGUUGAUCUGGUAGACCAAUUGAUCUCAACUCCGAAACGAACGUCGGUGUGUUACAGAACUUAGUUGACCUGGUAGACUAAUUGAUCUGAGCUCCGAAACAUUUUGAAGGACUUAGAACACCUGGUAGAGGCAUGAUUGAAUUGCAAGUUAUACACAAAGGCCCUAUGGACAUGUGUGGGCUUGAUGGGUUGACGUCGUUGUGAUACAGAACGUAGUUGACCUGGUGACCAAUUGAUCUGAACUCCGGAAUAGUUUGGAGAACUUGAAACACCUGGUACACAAAGGCUCUAUGGACAUGUGUGGGCUUGACGGAUUAACGUCGUUGUGAUACAGAACGUAGUUGACCUGGUAGGUCAACUGAUCUGAGCUCCAGAACGAUUUGGAGAACCUGGAAUUUCUGUAGGAAUAUUGUUCAUAUUACGUUAUCUAUGUCCUCAGGAUUAUUUUUUGGACACAUUUAUGAAAAAUCCGAUUCAAGAUUGUUUUCCAACAUACAGUCGACUCUCUACAUCUCGAUGUUCUAUAUCUCGAUAUCUCUCCAUAUGUCGAUGGUUUUCUCAGUCCCUUCAAUUUACAUACAUUGGGCUUUCUACAUCUCGAUAACCUCCCUAUCUCGAUAUCCCUCUAUCUCGAUGGGUUCUGAUCAUAUUUUGUUCAGGAUAUACUCUCCUUAUGUCGAAUAUAGUCAGAUUUUCAGGCUACUAGACCAUCUUUGAACAAUAACAAACACAUCAACAACAGGAAACGACAUUUGUUUUGUUGUCGUUUUUCAUAGCAACUAGCUUUUUUGGAUCUAGUACCCAUUUAAAUUUUCCUUCCAUGCCUCGAUCUCUCCCUAUCUCGAUGGUCCCUUCAAUAUCAAGAUGUGGAGAGGCGACUGUAGUAAACCCUUCCAAAGGCAUGUAGGGAUUGAGCACCCCUAGAAACACAAAACGUCAGUACUAUGAAACUACAUGAAAGAAUUUUGAAAAUCGGUCAACGGGCUGCUGAGACAUAAAUAGCUAUUUAAAUUUCAAGUUUCUUCCAAAUCUGACCGAACUCGGUAUUCGGCGUGUUAAUACCGGGUUCGUCCUAGAGUGCGGCGACACUCACUCAUGUGCCCCGAGCACAUUAUUUAUAGGCUGCUUUAGCAUUCAUCUGGGCCCAGGUCACGUUCCUACCGACUUCCUUUAUUCAUUUGUAGAGACUUCGUAGCUUCGGCAGCAGAGGCGGUGUCAUGUUCCGCCGGAUUCCAGUCCAACACAUGCUUACAGACUUCGCCUUCUGUCUUUCGUAAUGUGUGGCCGAUUCACCUCCAUUUAUGCCUUUGAAUUUCUAUUGAUAUCGGUUUUUAAUGGCAUCGUUAAUAGAACUCAGCAUGUUAAAUCCAGUAGUGAAGCCAUCAGGCUCGAAUUAUAAAACAUAUAGGCAUCGGUACAUGCUUGUAGGUGGAAUCGACUUUAGAGGUGGUACUACGGGCUCUAGAAGAUACUGCGGUCGAAAAAUAUUCACACUCGCACCAAAUGUGACGGACAUACGACCGGUAGUCCUCUACGGACAUACUCGAGGAGGAAUUGCAAUCUCUCGGAGUAUUCGGAAGACGGGUGCUUAGGACCAUAUUUGGCGGUGUGUGGCGGCCCAAGGAUAACCCACGAACUCGCCCAGCUCAAUGGCGAACACAGCAUCCAGAAGGUAGCUAAAGCCGGAAGGGUACAAUGGGCAGGGCAUGUAGCAAGAAUUCCGGACAGCAACCUUGCAAAGACCUUUUUGGAUUCCAUGCUUCGAAUGGCUGCUUCAAUCUCCUCCAGUUAUGGGCAAGGUGAAUACAAACAGGUGUAGCAGUAUGCCAAUUUCAUGAUUCAGCCAUCUUGGAUUUAUAUAUGGGGCAGCCACCGAGUUUGUUUAUGUUUUGCACCGAAAAUGAAUUUUUCACCCCCGCGCUAGUCUCUCCCAUCUACUGUCGAAGUGAGUGAACCCUGAUAUAAGAACCCUGGUUAUGGGGUUUCGGAACUACGUCGCAUCAUUGGCGGCUCUUGCCGAGAUGUUGGUGUUUAGUCGGGAAUCGAAACUUGAAAAGUUGCUCGAAGUGCUCGAACCAUCGUUUCAGCUAAUCAGUUGGCUCGGUAAUUAACUAAUUAGUCGCAUCUUUCACUGGCAUCUCUGGACUCAUGCUUUCUCCACGCAAACGUCGUGAGCUACAUUCAUCGUCAAAACAAAUAUUCUGUCUCUUAUUAUUAACAUUCGGUUAUCUUAGUAGUUAUCUUAUGUUAUUGAAUCCGUAAUAUAAACGUCGUAUUAUUUAAAUCCCAUGCAGUAUUUUGAAAAUGUGUGACACGACUUGGGUUGGUGUUAUAUCGAAUUCGAAUAUAUUAAAACAUAAAUAGUAAACGACUAUAGCGCAGUGUAGAUCAAAAUCAUCCGAAGACACGUUUCAAAACUCUUAAUUAUAAUUCUCGAAAGUUUUAAUUAGCCGUGAAUGCUCACAUGUGGUGUUUUUCUUUUCUUCGGUGGUAGAACAAUGUGCGAUGCUGAUGAAAAUCACAGUUUUAUUUCAUGAAGUAAGCUAUGGCGCACUUCAUCGCAUUGUACAAAUCCUUAGUCCAUAACUCGGCAAAAUUCUAGCGAUACUUUCACUAGUGAGAUAUUUACAUUGUUCGUGUAGUAGAAUUGGCAAAAAUUGCAUAUAAAUAAUGCGGGAAAUAAAAUUAAGUAACUUAUUCUCCCGUUUCAAUCAUAUUAGUUCAUUGCGAAGGGUGAUAUACCUACCUUUAGAUAAAUAAGCGUGCAAUCUAGUUUAGGUUAAAAGCAGAUAUCAUUAAAAAUGAUGAGAGGUAAGCGAAAGAUACUAAUUGGAGAAAAAAAACUAAUCGGAAACUAUUAAAGAGAAGCAGGUUUUGAGUGGUUUUAAUUUGCUGGCAAUAGUAACAUGGAAUGUUUGACAUAGAAGUUUUAAAAAAGCUUUGAAGGGACUAAUGUUGGGAUCAUUGCAUAUGCAGUCACGAUAGUAUACAGGAAACCAGAGCAAGGCUUGUUCUGAGCUUGUGAAAGCAGAAAAAUACUGAAGACAGAUGGAAUAAAUAUCAAGUAAAAU